CAGAAAUGGGUGCCACGAAGAAUCUAGACUUGAUAGCAACUAUUGAGGAUGAUGCAGAGGUUGAAAAUUUCUCAGAAGACUCGGACGCCGAAGUGGAGUAUCAACCCACAAAAGUACGACACAAGAAAGUAGCCGAGUUUGAGAAAGGUUUUCAAUUUGUAUCCUCUGUGAAAGAGUACAAUCAAGAUACCUGGGAUGAUCUCAUGAAAUAUGUAAAGCGAAAGGCUCGAACCAAGACCGACGACAAAAUUGCCGAGCGUCUGAAAAAACGAGAAUCUGAUGGUAAGCCCACAGAAGGAGACGAAAGUGGUGACGAUGAUGAGAUCCCGCUCUCCGAUGACGAACUGAAGCACGACAAUCUACGACUACGUGAGAAGAAAUUGUCUAAGAAAAAGAAGAAGAAAUCUGAUGAUAACUCAGAUGAGGAGGAGGAGGAAGGUGAAAAAAUGCAGUUUGAUGAAGCCAUCGAAAGCAACGAGUCCAUUACAUCGUUCUACCAAAUGAACCUGUCACGUCCACUAAUGCGUGCUAUUGGUGUAUUGGGUUAUAUAUAUCCAACUCCCAUACAGUCUUCGACAAUACCUAUUGCAUUAUUGGGUCGCGAUAUUUGUGGUUGCGCUGCCACUGGUACCGGUAAAACAGCGGCUUACAUGUUGCCAACACUAGAACGUCUUUUAUACCGACCAAUGAAUAACAAAACAAUUACGCGUGUGCUUGUGUUGGUGCCAACCCGUGAGUUAGGCGCACAAGUGUAUCAAGUGACAAAACAAUUGUGUCAAUUUACAACAAUUGAUGUUGGUUUGGCUAUUGGUGGUUUAGAUGUAAAAGCACAAGAACUGGUUUUGCGACAGAAUCCUGAUAUUGUUAUAGCAACACCAGGUCGUCUGAUCGAUCACAUUAAGAAUACGCCUAGUUUCAGUUUGGAUUCAAUUGAGGUGCUCAUUUUGGACGAAGCUGAUCGUAUGCUAGAUGAAUAUUUCGCCGAACAGAUGAAAGAAAUUAUAAAUUCGUGCGCGAAGACUCGGCAGACUAUGUUGUUCUCGGCCACAAUGAGUGAACAAGUCAAAGACUUAGCUGCAGUGUCGCUCAGUAAGCCAGUCAAAGUAUUCGUCAAUAAUAAUCAACAAGUUGCCUUCAAUCUAAGACAAGAAUUCAUUCGUAUCCGUGAAGAUAAAGAGGGCGAUCGUGAACCUAUACUUGCCAGUUUGAUUUGUCGUACAUUCCACGAUCAUUGCAUGGUAUUUGUCCAAACGAAAAAGCAAGCUCAUCGCCUUCACAUUUUACUAGGCUUACUAGGCAUACGUGCUGGCGAACUGCAUGGCAACCUCACGCAACAACAGCGUCUGGAGUCGUUAAAGAAAUUCAAAGAAGAACAAAUAGAUGUACUUAUAGCGACGGAUGUGGCAGCUCGUGGUCUGGAUAUUGUGGGCGUAAAAACCGUCAUUAACUUUGUCAUGCCUAUUACAACCGAGCACUAUAUACAUCGAGUCGGUCGUACUGCUCGUGCAGGGCGCGCCGGUAUUUCAGUGUCAUUGGCUGGUGAGAAAGAGCGUAAAAUCGUUAAAGACAUUAUUAAGAAUGCAGAGAACUCGGUGAAGAAUCGUAUUAUACCACCAGAAAUUAUUGAAAAAUAUCGCAAGAAACUAAUCGCACUCGAACCGGAAAUACAACACAUUUUGGACGAAGAGCAAGCAGAACGUCAGCUGGCCAAGAUGGAGCAGCAACUUUCAAAAACGGAACGCAAAUUGCAGGGCACCCAAUCCGAGCAACGCGCGUGGUUCCAAACCCGCAAGCAGCGUGAAGAUGAAAAGGCGCGUUUAGCUAUUACCCCCGAAGAGAAUCAAAAGGAUGUUGCCAAUGAAAAGAAAAGCGCCGGCAAACGCAAGCGCACUGAAUAUGGUGGCGAAGGCGAAGAUGGACCACCAGUAAAGGAACUCAACGCUAAAAAGAAGAAAAAGAAGGAAGAACCGAAGAAAAAGUCACCAGAGCAAUUGGCAAAGGAGCGAGUUAUAAAGGAGAUAGAAAAGGCGUCUUUGGUACGCGCUAAGAUGUCAAAGCUGAAGAAACGUCCUGGUAAACUAGGUGCAGUGUCUGAUGAGCAAGGCCGGAAAUAUGUAAGCGACUACAAUAAACUGAAACCGACAAAACGUCGUGGCCAGUCAGCAUUCACGAACGAUUUGACAGAUGUGAGCCGAAGCGGAGCGUUGCGUCUGAGAUCGGAAGCCAAUCGCCAUAAGAAGCUCAGUCAAAUAGCGAAAAAGAAGAAGACCAGCGGUGUGAAAAUUGCCAACAAAGCUGGCAAAAAUAAGUUUAAUAAAGGCAAGAACUUUGGUGGUCCACGUUUUACAAAAAAGAAUAAGAAGUAAUGUAGUUACUGUUAUACAUAUUAGUAUGUAAAACAUUUAUUUUCAUAUAUUGUAAAUAAAGAAAGUUAUAAAAAACUACAAAAUUU